AUGUCAUACUACUUCACUAUCCUCUCGCCAACGGAUACACCAAUCUUCAAUAUCGCAUUCGGUACAUCAAAAAGUGGCGGCGAUGGCAUUGCGCGGUUCCGCUUUCCGGAUACAGCCCAGUACAUGAACCAGUUCAUCAUCCAUUCCAGCCUGGAUAUUGUGGAGGAAGCUCAAUGGACGAAUGGUGGAAUGUACCUCAAGCACAUCGACACCUAUCCCCCCGCCGCAGCUUACAUCUCCGCCUUCCUAACGCCGAGCGGCGCUCGCUUCCUGCUCCUCCAUCAACCCCCACAACUUCCCAACUCCGGCAGUAGCAGUGGACUCGGAUCGUCGUCCUUGCUGGGCUCAUCCGGUAAUCUAGCGCGCGGUUCGACAAGCUCCAUUGCAGCGAACCCAACCUCUCCACAAACCGAGGAGGCCGUGCGCCAAUUCAUGACGGAGGUCUACGAAAGCUAUGUCAAGACGGCGAUGAGUCCAUUCUACAAGCAGGGAAUGGAGAUCCGGAGUCCUGUUUUCAGGACGAGAGUCAAUGCCGCGGGGAAGAAGUGGCUUUGA